AUGGAGCCUCCGGUGCCACGCGACGGCGAUGCUGACGCUGACACAGGCCAUGAGCAUGAGGGAGACCCGGCACGUCCAUCCUCCCCGACCUCCAGCCCCGGCCAUGUGAACAAAAGGAAACGAACGUCAGGCAUGUAUCAGAGGAAGCGGGCGGUGAUUGCAUGCCAGGUCUGUCGGGGCCGCAAGACGAAAUGUGACAAUGGGAGACCUUCGUGUGGGUUCUGCCUCCAGAAUGGCGCUCAGUGUGUCUAUCCGGACGAUACGAACAACUAUUCCUCGUAUGACCCUGCCAGCUUGGCCAUCCUGGACCGUGUCAACCGCGUUGUUGCACUGCUUGAAGCCCAGCCUGCCCGAAUUGCUGCGUAUAUCUCCGACAAGGACUCCAGAACGGCAGAAAGGCUUCAGACGCCCGCGCAGGCAACUCCAGGUAGCGGACAGGCUGCGUCUCAGAAAUCCCCAAUUCCUCUCGACGACCCGGCAGAAGAUGCCUCGGCGGAAACGGCAGAGCACGUCUCUAGAUCCUUUGACAUCCCGGAAAGCUCAGCCGCCUACAUGAACUGUGAAAGCGUCAUGCGAUGGCCUAUCUUUGCUGGCAUCGCCCUUGACAUUCAGUCUCUUGUUUUGGACUAUGACGAUGACGAGGCGGCUGAUCGUUCCUCCAGAGACUUGAUUGAUGGGGCCACCGGGCGUCGUGGCCUGUUUGCCAAAGCCUUGCAAGAAGACGAUUUCGUGCCUCUGUCUCGCAGAUUCCUGGCCUAUGUUCAUGUGAAAAACCCUAUCUUGGACGUGCAACGGUUUAAGCUGUCCGUGAAGACCGCGGCGGAGAACGGGCCUGCAUGGGAUGGCCCGUCGUGCCUGGUGCUCGUCGCGUGUGCGCUUGGCUGUCUCGCCUCUCCUUUCCAGCCCGAUCCUGUUCUCUAUGAGACGCCAGAGUCCUUUCGUUCCUCGGAGUCGCCUGCUGUGGACCCGAUCUCCGCCCAGGGGUUCUAUCUGGCCGCCAAAAAACGCCUGGGUCUUCUUCGCCCGUCUUUGCUCUACGUUCAAUGCCUGUUCCUUUUCGGGGUGUUUGAAAUGUACACGCUCCGACCACAGCGGGCCUGGUUCUACUUCCAACAGGCAUCGCUGCAGCUUCAGAAUCAUCUGUGGAGAAAGUCGCAGAUUCAGACUGGUGGUGGACUCCAAGUCGCCGAUCCGUCAUUUCUUUUCGAUCGGCGUCUCGAACAGCGGCUCUACUGGUCCUGCAUGAAGAGCGAAUGUGAACUGCGGUGCGAACUGCCAUUGCCUCCCAGUGGCAUUACGCGUUUAAACUUCCCGGACUUGUUUCCUUCUCCUCCGACCGAAUUGUCUUCGCCGACGACUCAACAACGGACCCUGGACGGAGUCGACGACGACGUCGAGCCCGAAGAAGAGAAGAGUUGGUUCUACUACUUGGCAGAGAUAUCAUUUCGCCGCAUGUUCAACCGCAUAGUGACCACGGUGAUCGGCAAAGGGGAGCGCGGCUGGAUAAACAACAUCGAAACUAUCAUCCAGCAGUGUGACCAGUUCGACGAAGAGAUCAACAUCUGGUGUUCGCACCUCCCGCCCAAGAUCAACUGGAAUGACUCGCAGGCGUCCAAUGAUGAACUCGCCUACUACAUUCGCGGUCGUGCCAUGGGAAGUCGGGAAUUCAUCCACCGCCCUUUUCUCUACUACGUCGUCCACCAGCCGCCAGAUGAUCGCGUCUGGCCCCAGGUGGUGGUGCGGGCGAGGAGAUGCCUCGAGUUCUGCGUCGAGAAUGCGCUCUAUGCGUACCCCCACCAGCGCCAUCACGGUACAUGGUACGUCGCGAGGGCAUGUCUCACACGGGCCUUGUUGUUACUCGCCGCCGGACGGAGUGGGAAGAUCGACCUCCCCAACAGAUGGAGAGAGGCGAUUGACUUGUCAAUGUUGACAGUGCAGCAGUGGUACGACGAAUCGCCUGAUCUCCGAAAGGGCGCCUCGAUACUCCAAGCCAUCAUCGACGACACUUUUGACGGAGUAGCUUCCACUCAAGCUUGA